AAAAUCCCUUUAAAAAAGGGAUAACUUGGCAGCUAUGGAGGGGGUGCUGUUGCUUAGAUCCACUUUUCCUGCUCUGCUCCCGUUCCCCUCUGCUUUUCCACGCCAAUAAAGCGGUUCUAUUUACAGUUCGGAUGCACUCUGUACGCAAAUUGAGGGAGGAGAACCUACAGGGGAAAUGUGUUUGUAGGAGAGAGCUUUAAAAACAAAACAAAACAGAAAACCACCACCCACUUCCUUUGCCUGUUAUUUCCUUGCAUUCUCAGGGAGUGUUAAAACCGUACGGGCUUCCUUGUCAUUAAAGCCGAUGGUUCCAACAAAUUAAUCGUAAUCCGGUACCAUUUCACGAAUGCUAAACCCUCGACUGAGCAAAUUCACAUUGGCCAUUCUGAAGGAAUCACGUUGCCAUGUAAAUCUGAUCUGAGAGCAAUUGAGAAUAUGUGUGGCGGAUAAUUCCUGCGAGCAGAUUACAGCGUCUGUAAUAGAGGAGUGAUAGAUAGGUGGAUUGGAUUACAACUUUCAUUUGUCCAAAUUGCGGUGUUGACCUCUACAUUCGGAUAAUCAGAAGUUGGGAUAAACUGGAGAGGUUUGUUUUAUUUGCGUUUGCAUGGACGUGCAAGGUGGGGGGGGGGGAAGCACAUAUGGUUGUUGUUUUUUUUGUGGGGGGAGUGCCUGGUAGUUACCAGAAGCUGGUAACUGGACAGCUCGGAGACAGAGUUAUGAGAUGACAGUAAUUGGCAGCGAACAUGAGAGAAACUGGCAAAUCACAGUUACCUUAUGAAAUACGAAGUUGGAGCAUUUAAAAAUAUUUAUUGAAAUACACAGUUGUUCACAUUCAAAAUAAUGCAAAACAAAAAGUGGUGGUGGUGGGGAGUUAGGAUUAAAUUAUAUGCCAUUACUGUACCAAUCUGAAGGUAGGACGAACUACUGGUUCGCCAUGCAUAAAGGUUAGCGUGGGAAGAAACCAUGAAGAGAAAUGCCCAAACUUCAGCCGUUUGGGCAACUCUUCCAGCCCACUCGUUCGUUAAUUCAUUCAUUAGUUUAAAAACACAAUAUCAGAAUGGCACCGAAUUCUGAGCGAGUUUCAUUUAUCCCUGAGUUAAACCUAUGCCGAAUUGGGGAAGAAAAAAAAAACUCCAACGCACAAAGUAGACACAGACAUCAUUUUCUGCCGGCUCACCUCUAUCGACAACACGGGCACCAUCUACCAGAUGACCAUUCCCAGCUGCCUUAAAUAUUUUUCUCCCCGAUGCCUGGUGAUCAAUAAGGAGUGUUCUUGGCCGUCAGACCAACCGCUGCCCUUAACUCUAAACUGUCCAAAGACCCGGCCUUAACCACAAAAACGCAAGAGGGCACAGUUCUUGAGAGAUAUGCGGGAAUAUCGUUCUAGCUCAGCUCCAUUCCCACCCAUUCAUCUUCCGGACUUUAUAUACGGUACCGCAGGAACUUAAAAGUAAAGGGUUUUGAUUAGGACCCUCGUGACAAAAUCCGAGCGUGAGUGUGUAAAAACUCACACACAUACACACUCUCACACAAGCCAUUCAAUUCAUUAGGAUCCUUUAUGGAGGGAGACACAAAACAAUUUUUCUCCAUCGCUCCCCAGAAGGUGGCUUAAAGUUCUUUUUUUUUUUAAGACGCUCCAUAAUAUAACCCUCUCCAAAAGUACUGUAUACCAAGAUCGGUCGAACUUUUAAAUCUAGCGUUCCACUUCUUCCUACAUAUGCUUCUAUAUGAAUUUAUAGCUCCCCUCCCCCUCCCCGCUAUAUUCCUGUAAAAACCCAAAGGGUGGGGGUGGGGGAUAAUAACCUCUUUCCCCAACCAAAACACGCUGGAAAUUACCAAACUUUUCCAGAUGAAACGAAUUCAAUUUUUUUCCUUUUCCCUCGUGUCCACGACAGCAGCAAUGAUAGAAUCAGUUCUCAUUUGUUUUAUUCUUCUUGUCUUUCCACCCUCUUCCUCCUCCUCCUGCAUUUAUUUAUUUUCUUCUUUAAAAGAAAAAGAAAAAGAAAACAACAGCCAAAGGAAAGUCCAAAUUUUUAAUCGAUUUAUCUCUCUCCCCCCCCCAUCAUUAGUAUGUGGUUAAGAGGGAGGGUGUCUAUCUGUGUUAUGUGGGGGUGGAGGGGGCGCGCGUAUCUGUUGUUCAAAAGUGAUGGUGUUGGUGGCAGAGAUGCUUUCGCUGGUUUGUUCUAGGGGGGUCCCCUGUGCAAAGCUAACCCCUCUAGGGUGCGAUUUCGCAGUCUUCGACUUCUGCUAUUGGUCAGCGCGUGAUCAGAUGGUUCUCUUUCCUUAUGUCCCUGGUUGGCACGCGGCCAUCCCCCUUCAGCUAAAACCCAAUCUCCCAUAUACUGCUAAUAGCUAAACCGCUUGGACUAUAAAACGCAACAAAUCAUAAAGACCAAGGGAAAGAACAGACGCUGUUCCUCUGCUUUAUUAUUAUUAUUAUUAUUAUUAUUAUUAUUAUUUCCAAUGAGUUCUUAUUUUGUCAACUCUACUUUUCCGGUGAGCUUAGCCGGGGGUCAAGAACCGUUUCUGGGACAGCUCCCCUUAUAUUCCACGGGGUAUGCGGACCCUUUAAGGCACUACCCUGCCACUUAUGGAACUGGGGGUGGGGGGGUCCCGGAUAAAGGUUACCCGGGCGCGCCUUACUACCAGCAAGCCAACGGAGCUUACAACCGGAGCCCAGCCUGCGAUUACGGGACAUCUGGUUUUUACAGAGAGAAAGAGACAGCCUGUUCUCUUUCGAGUUUAGAGGACCCUGUUCCGUUCGGCCAGGAGCAAGUCCGGAAGUCAGAUUGCUCCCAGAACAAACACGCUUUCGGGGAGAGCGAAGAUCAGAAGUGCUCCACGCCAGUGUACCCCUGGAUGCAGAGGAUGAACUCCUGCAACAGUUCCUCUUUCGGGCCGAGUGGCAGGCGAGGCAGACAGACCUACACCCGUUACCAGACUCUGGAGCUGGAGAAAGAAUUCCACUUUAACCGUUACCUGACCAGGCGCCGCCGGAUCGAAAUCGCCCACGCGCUCUGCCUGACGGAACGCCAGAUCAAGAUCUGGUUCCAGAACCGAAGGAUGAAGUGGAAAAAGGAAAACAAGCUACUCAACUCCACUCAGCUGAGUGCCGAGGAAGAAGAGGAAAAAACAACGGAAUGA